AUGGUGAAAGAUGCAAUCGGCGACAUCGAUAAGGAGCGACUCAAAUGGACGACACCCAUUUACGACAGCGAUGACGAACUAAACUCUACGGACCUCUCUGAUUUACUAUUCAUACCUACCACUGCGCGUCCAGACGCUAAAAACAUUCGAAGGAGGCCCAGAAGCAAUUUUACUGUGGAAGACUUCAAAAUUAAUAAAAGAGUUCGCGAAGUUCUAAGGAUCCUAAAUGAACCACCGCUUCGGCUGCCCAAUUUUGACCGAGGUGAUGACGACCUUGGACUGAUAACGCGAAAGUUUGACCAGAUGAGGCGAGACUUUCGCAAAAGAUACGAGCGGUACCGAGUGGAGAAGGUAUGGAGGACCAGAAUGAUAACAAUUAUGAACCACUUCAUCCACGCUACACGGUACAAGCUGAUCCACCCGCAACUGUUAAGGAAGAAGUACUACGAAAUGAACAGGUACAGGAUCGGGUAUUGUUUCGCGCUGCUCACACAUUUGAAGAGGCAGCAGCUGUACAUAUACACAACUCUGAUUCUGUUUCGGAAAAAGGUUUAUUUUCUGCACAUGCAUAUGAGGAUGUACGAGAAAAUCGUGAGACUGGACGUGGAUAUAAAAGAUAUUAUUCGUAUGGUGAAGACGUUGGAGUCACGCAGAAGGAUCGAAGCUGAUCCGAAGUACUACGAUGAGUUUUACGAGGAGCCGUCCACCACGACUGGGAGGUCAACUCCUGGAGUCCAGCAUGUGCACGUCACCGCCGUCACUCAGGGUAGUGCGGAUAACGCCAGACCGGGAAUGCCGGGCCACGCCAAAGCUUAA